UGGGGUGUUCUCUUUUUGGCUUGGGAAAAUAUUAAAAUAUUAUUGAUUUUCUUAGUUUUUACCAAAAAUCUAGAUAUAUAUGACCUGAAAUUAAGUAAAAAUAGGUGUUAUAAACGCACUAAGGAUAUACCCAUUAAAGGGAGUCGGUGAAGAAUGACUAAGGACCGUUUGGCCGCUCUUAGAGCAGCUCAGAGCGAUGAUGAUGAAGGACCAGAAGACACCGCCGUUAAUAUGGGCGGAGGAUUUAUGGACCAGUUUUUUGAGAAGGUGGAUGAAAUCAGGGGGAUGAUAGAUAAAAUAGCGGCCAAUGUAGACGAGGUCAAGAAAAAACACAGUGCCAUCCUGUCCGCCCCCCAAACAGACGACAAAAUGAAGCAAGAAUUAGAAGAACUGAUGUCAGAUAUAAAGAAGCUGGCAAAUCAAGUCAGGGGUCAACUAAAAGUCAUUGAACAAAAUAUAGAACAAGAAGAGCAUGUUAACAAAUCUUCCGCUGACCUUAGAAUACGGAAAACUCAGCACGCAACCCUCUCACGUAAAUUCGUGGAGGUAAUGAACGAUUACAACACUUGUCAAAUUGACUAUAGGGAAAGAUGUAAAGGUCGUAUCCAGCGCCAACUGGAGAUCACGGGGAGAAGUACGACCAAUGAUGAGUUAGAAGACAUGCUGGAAAGCGGCAACCCAGCUGUAUUUACACAAGGAAUUAUAAUGGAGACGCAACAAGCUAAACAGUCACUGGCAGACAUAGAAGCUCGACACAAUGAUAUAUUGAAACUAGAAAAUAGCAUCCGGGAGUUACACGAUAUGUUUGUUGAUAUGGCAAUGUUGGUAGAAAGUCAGGGAGAAAUGAUUGAUAGAAUAGAAUACAACGUAGAUCAAUCCGUAGACUACAUAGAAACGGCCAAAUCAGACACAAAGAAAGCCGUUAAAUAUCAAAGUAAAGCUCGACGGAAAAAGUUCCUGAUCAUUCUUUGUGUCUGCGUUGCUAUAGCAAUUAUUAUACUCAUUGUAGUUUUAAGUACAACUCUAUAAAGGCAUAAUUAUACACCUGAAUCAUAUCUAGGAAAAUGUUAAAAAGUAUGGACCAAUCAUUAUGUCUGUAGGCACUUUUCUAUGGGGACUAUUCCUAAACCCUCUGUACAAUGGUGUACUAAAAGUAAUUUGGAGUAUAUUGUAAUUUGGGAAGUGGAUAUGAGAAAGUAAUUCCAAGUUUAAAGUGAAAAGUUGUGAGUUGACAUGACCACAUGGACAAUUUUUUCCACGACCAUUUUCUCAUGCUUCAGAAGGAUGGAAUCUUUCGAAAAUUACAAAAAACGAUUGCUUGACCAAAAUUAAGUUCUAUCAAGGCAUGGUAUGGUUUAAAAAUACAGAAAUCGUAUAGUUAUACAGAAAAGUCGGAUAUUCCAUGAAUUUGUCGAAACUGUGAUCGUUUCUUCAGUUUACACUUAAUAACAUUAAAAUAAAUAUGAACAAAUAUUGUAGAACAUUUGACAAGGCCAUCAUAUAUAUUAUAUACAUUUUAACUUUAAUCUUUUCAAUUAUAAUAUUGAAUUCAACAGAAUGUAAAUACUGUAUAAAAUGUAUAGAUUUGUAAAAAGCGAUAAAUAGUCAAUUGAAUCAAAAUUGAUUUCUAAUGUGUUCAUGUGUGAUUUUUGAAAAAUACAAUUUAUAAAUCGAUGAAAAAUAAGCAAAAUAAGCAAGUACAUCUUGUAUAUUUUGAAUAAUUUUUGAAAGCACCCUUUUCUGUGAUUGCAUUCAAAGCUAAAUUGCACUUAUUAUUAGUUAAAAAACUAAUUUAAAUACUUAUAUUACUAAUUAAAAAAACUAAUUUAAAUACUUAUAGUUUUAACAGUUGAUUGUCUCUUUCAUUAAAACAAAAACAUGCUUAAUGUAAAAUGUACUCUAACAGAAAAUAUGUCAUGUUUUAAAAGAGUGGAAUCAGCAAGGAA